UCGCGCUGCGCUCAUCACACAAGUAUGUGGAUGUUUCACAGACUCCAAAGCGAGACGGUCGAAGCGGUUUAUUUCUCAGCGCAGCGCACAGAGGAUGCGCCUCUCGCCUUUUACAGAGAUUUAGCGUUACAAAUAACUCAUCUUUAUCACAACCUGAGGGGCGCCGAAAGUACUUUGAAUAGAGUCCUGGAAUCUUUCUCUCUUACUGUAACAUCAUGGACAGACUGCAGUCUCGAGGUCACCGGGUUGAUGUUCAGCGACAGUGAAUGAAGAUGAGGUCCAUGAUGGAUCACCAUCACGAUAUGAAAUGUAAAAUAGUUGUGGUCGGGGACACUCAGUGUGGGAAGACGUCUUUGUUAAAUGUUUUUGCCAAAGACUCUUUUCCAGAGAACUAUGUUCCUACAGUGUUUGAGAACUACACAGCCAGUUUUGAGGUGGACACUUUGAGAGUUGAGCUCAGUCUUUGGGAUACUUCAGGGUCUCCAUACUAUGACAACGUGCGCCCCCUCUCUUAUCCGGACGCUGAUGCAGUUCUCAUCUGUUUUGAUAUCGGUCGACCAGAGACUCUGGAGAAUGUGCUAAGGAAGUGGAAGGGGGAAAUUGAGGAGUUCUGUCCCAAUACUAAAGUACUUUUGGUUGGAUGCAAGUCAGACUUACGUGCAGAUCUGGCCACAUUUGUGCAGCUGUCCAAUGACAUUCCUUCAUCGUAUGACCAGGGUUCAAACAUGGCCAAGCAGAUCUCGGCCCCUUACAUCGAGUGCUCAGCACAGCAGUCUGAGAACAGCGUGAGGGACAUUUUUCACAUAGCCACAUUGGCCUGCAUCAGUAAAAGUAACAAGAAUGUGAAGCGCGUGAAGUCCGGCAGAGCCACCAAGAGGACCUCACACGUAUCUAACAGGCCCGAGCUGGACUCAGUGUCACGCCUACACAAGACCAAGACAAAAACCUGCACAGUCAUGUGAUUUCAGAAGCCAUUUCAUCUGCAUGCAUUCCUUCUCCUAUCAGGAUUCCUUCUAAAAGUCCAUUGGGAGAAUUAAUGGGAUAUGAACUGAAGGGAGAUAUUUUGCACUUCACUAAUAUUCACAAUAUGUACCACUGAACUGAGUGAGCGACAUGUAUUAAUGAUGAUGCAUUCUAUUCUCCCCUAUUUAAAAGCACCUCAGAACAUUUUAGGCAUUAUAAAAAACCUAAAGCAGGGAAAACAUCUGUUCCUAUGUAUUGCCAAAUGAGCACUUAUAACUUUGUAGAAGCUGUCCAAAGAAGAAUUUCCUCUGGAUUUUGUGUUGUAAUAUUUCAUUGCAAUGUACCCCAGUUUAUGGACGUAAAUAACUUCUUGGAGUAACGUGGUCGGUGCUGCUAACCUCAGUCCUGUCCUAUUAGAUCUGACUGCACCAAAAAGUGUCAAAUGUCACAGAUAUGCAAACACAUUCCAAACACUAUAUAGCCUAAAACUUUUCUAAAAUACUCUACGUACAGUAUGCAGAUUUAAAGGUUUGCCUAUAUUCUUUCUUUAAAAGAACUUGCAUGGCAACCACUUAUGAUAUUUUAUAUCACUACUUUAUCAGUGUUGUUGAAUGUUUCUAGAUCAUUCAGCUGAAAACAAAAAAACAGAUGAGUUGUGCUUAUUAUAUAUAUGUGUAUGUAUGUGUGUAUAUAUAUAUAUAUAUAUAUAUAUAUAUAAUGUAUAUAUAUACACACUAUUUUCUCUUUUCUAAGAGAUGAGAAUUACACAAGUGAAGAAGUGAAGCAAAAUUAGAAAAAAAAAGAAAAAAAGAUGCAGUCAUGUGGAUUUUAGCAUUAUGGAUCUUCCCCCAAAAAAACCUACACACAUAAAAGAUGCACAAAACUAAAAUACAAAAAAUAAAAAGUGUUUGUAUGAAUGUAGGUUUUUAAUAAAUGUAAAAUUAAAAUGUUACAAGGGUUACAUUAAAACAAUAGAAAAGCUUUGGAACCACA